AUGAGGACCGGGGGGAUGCUGUGCCGGUCACAGGCGGCGACGGCGGUCUGCGUGCCGGGCGACGCACGGUCCAUGGUCGUCGGGCGCCGCGCCGACCGGACAAUCGCCCAGGACGCGCGCACCCUCCACGACGUCAGGUACGUGCGCCUUGGUGCCGACGGAGCCGGCGCCGCGCGUGUCUCGUCCAGGCGGGUGGCGCCGCCCCAGCCGCCGCCCAUGUCGAGGAGGCGCGGAGCGACGGUGGCCGUGACGCUGCCGAUGGUGACCAAGAGCCCCGUGGAGACGCCGGCGCGGGACACUGCGGCGGCUAAGCCGACACCCGCCACUCCUACGGCGGCCGUGGCACCCGGCGACCAAGUCCUCCAAGUGGUCGUGAUGAAGGUGGCUAUACACUGCCAGGGGUGUGCAGGGAAAGUGAGGAAGCACAUCUCCAAAAUGGAAGGGGUGACAUCGUUCAGCAUCGAUCUGGAGAGCAAGAAGGUGACGGUGAUGGGUCACGUGUCCCCGGCGGGUGUCCUCGAGAGCAUCUCAAAGGUCAAGAAGGCUGAGCUGCUCAUGUGA